GGGUUCGGCUCUCCCGUCAGUUGCCUGGCCGGUUGGGCGGGGAGGUGUGGUGUGUUUGUGAGAGGUGGCCGGUGUGUCGCCAUGAUCGCGGGGGCCUCGCCACUGGCCCAGACGUUGCUGGGCACAUUCUUCACAUGGGGUGUGACGGCCCUGGGGGCCGGCCUGGUGUUCGUCCUCUCCGGAUCGCACCGCCACGUGCUGGACGCCAGUCUGGGGUUCGCCGCGGGCGUCAUGACAGCCGCCUCCUUCUGGUCCCUGCUGGAUCCGGCCCUUGAGAUGGCAGAGACAUCUGGUCACUACGGCGCCAACGGGCAGUUCGCCUUCGCGCCGGUGGCGGUCGGCUUUCUCGCUGGGGCGCUGUUCGUCUUCGGAGCCGAUGUUGUGAUGGCCCGGCUCGGAGUGGACUCGCCCACGAUGAUGCUCGCGGCCGAGGCGGAGAAGCGGGGCCGCCUGCGGCUGGACAGUGAACAGGGCGAGGAGCUGACGCUGGACGGGCUGCGGCGCCGCCCUGAUGGCGUCCGGCAGCGCCGUGCCGUGCCCGGCGCCAAUGGCGACGACGGUACGCUGGACGGGGACCGGAAGACGGACCGCAGCAGAGCAGAGCAGUGGCGGCGCAUCCUCCUGCUCAUCAUCGCCAUCACUGUGCACAACAUUCCUGAGGGCCUGGCCGUGGGCGUCGGGUUCGCCGCUGUGGGCAAGUCGGCAGGAGCUACCUUCGAGAAGGCCAGGAACUUGGCGCUGGGCAUCGGGAUCCAGAACUUCCCGGAGGGCCUGGCGGUGAGCCUCCCUCUGCGCGGCGCCGGCCUGUCCAGCAGCGAGGCGUUCUGGUACGGUCAGCUGAGUGGCAUGGUGGAGCCGGUGGCCGGCCUUCUCGGCGCGCUGGCCGUCUCGCUGGCCCAGCCUCUGCUGCCCUACGCGCUCAGCUUCGCCGCCGGCGCCAUGAUCUAUGUGGUGUUCGACGACAUCGUGCCGGAGGCGCAGACCAGGGGCAACGGCAAGCUGGCCUCCUGGUCGGCCAUCGUCGGCUUCCUCAUCAUGAUGUGCCUGGACGUGGGCCUCGGCUGACCGGCUCCCCGUCGGAGUUCUAUCACACGUGAAGGCCUAGUCGGAACUGAAUAGCGUGAAAACUCUG